AUGAGCCAAAUCACGCACAACUCGCUCUUUCUUGCCACCGUUCUCGUGAUAUCAGUCUGCUUGAUCUCCGCCAGACCGCCCGGACGGGACGAACAGGAACAGAAGCUGGUGGGUGGCGAGCCAAUCGAAUCGGAAGACUUUGUCGACUACUUCGAAGAUUUCAUUCCGGUUCUUCAGAAUUCCACGAAACUUCAUGUAAGUCUAUUCGUGUCUGGAACUAGAACGGUUCAGCGAGCACGGAAGAGCGUUCACACCUAAAAGUUUCCUAGGCCAUUUCUGGGAGUUGGGUUUCGGGCAGCGUACUCAGGUUAAGCUAGCUAGCUAAUUCGCGUGUCUUGUUAGAUUGCUAUCGAUUUCUGAAUCUAGUUAGAUGAUUUUGCAAUUUAAACAUAAUCCAGCAAGGAUUGGUUAAUGUAGUUAGAACAUUUAUCAGUCUAGUUACAAGAAUUAGCAAUAUAACAAGGUCCGGUUAGAAACGAGAUUUCCCUAAACAAGAACACAAAUCUAGAGGAGCGUAUUUAUUGAAAAAGCAAGAAAGUGAAUCUAUUUUCAGGACAACUACCAUUUGGAAAAGAAGACCUACCUGACGGCUGUGCUCGGUUUCCCGGAAAAAAUGCGAAAAAUGUCCUAG